UUAGAAUUACAUUCCAACUGUCCACUCGGAGGCCACAGCCACAGCCACUCUUUUCGUUUGCCAUCCUAAGCCUUCGCCUAAUAUAUGGCUGGAGCAUCCUACGCCGCAUUUUAUCCUCUCUUCCCCUUCCGUCGCAUUCCUCUCUCGUCCCACCUGAUUCCCGCCGCCCACAACGGCGCUGCCACCAUCCAAAUGGCCGACGACAAAACUCCACAUCCUUCACUCGACGUCAUUGGCGGUGGAAGUGUCGCUUUUCUUCCGGCCUUGAAGACUUUAAACCGUCCCUACAAUCCCUUCCCUCUCGUCGGCCAAAACCCCCACUUCGAGACCAUUUUCGCCUCGUUCCUACGAGUCACCCCCUACGUACGUUACAAGCGAGAGUGUAUCCGUACCAAGGACUCUGGCUCCAUUGCUCUCGAUUGGGUAGUUGGAGACAGCCGGCGGUUGCCGCCUGAUUCUCCUGUUCUCAUUUUGCUGCCAGGUUUAACCGGAGGGAGCGAGGAUUCAUAUGUCAAGCAUUUGUUAGUUAAAGCCAGAAGCAAAGGAUGGCGCGUCGUCGUUUUUAAUAGCAGAGGCUGUGGAGAUAGCCCAGUCACCACUCCCCAGUUCUAUUCGGCUUCGUUUCUAGGAGAUAUGCGUGAAGUAGUGGCAGUUGUUACCUCUAGAUAUCCAAAUGCUCAUAUCUAUGCUGUUGGUUGGUCUCUUGGUGCCAACAUUCUUGUCAAUUAUUUGGGCGAGGAAUCUCUAGCGUGUCCCCUAGCAGGUGCCGUGUCCUUGUGUAAUCCCUUCGAUUUGGUCAUUGCAGAUAAGGAUUUCCGUAAGGGCUUUAACAUUGUUUAUGACAAAGCUCUUACAAGGGCUCUCUGUAGAAUUUUCCAGAAGCAUGCACUUCUUUUUGAAGAGUUGGAUGGUGAGUAUGACAUCCCAUCGGUUGCCAACGCCAAAUCUGUUAGGGAUUUUGAUCAAGGAUUAACGCGUGUUUCAUUUGGAUUCAAGUCGGUGGAUGACUACUAUUCUAAUUCAAGCAGUUCACAUGCUAUAAGUGAUGUUUGCAGACCCUUGCUCUGUAUCCAGGCUGCCAAUGAUCCAAUUGCUCCUGCUAGUGGAAUUCCUCGUGACGCUAUCAAGGUAAAUCCGAAUUGUUUGCUGAUAGUGACGCCCAAGGGUGGCCAUCUAGGGUGGGUUGCAGGUAGUGAAGCUCCGCUUGGUGCUCCUUGGACCGAUCCUGUAGUGAUGGAUUUCCUUGAAUAUCUGGAGGGAGUUGCCCCUAAAUCCUCCCGUUCAGUUUCCCCAGCAGGAAGUGUGCAUGAUGUGAAAGAAGUAUAACAAGCAAGUAGUGCAAGACAUGCUGAUAUUGCUUGUAUUUAUUGGCCUUGUGAUCUCAUUGCGAUUCACAGUCCCUUAUUUGUAAAAAUUACAAAAGAAUAACACAACUGUAGGCCAUGGAGGAAAGGUUUACAGAAAAGAAAAAAGAAAUUGUAAACAAAAAGAGAUGGGAAAAGUGUGAUUGUGCGUACCAAAGGCAAAACUUCCAAAUUAUUUUGGAGCAAUUGAUUUCUCUAAAUAAAGAAUCUUUAGACUCUGGUUAUGUAA